CACAACUGUUUAGUAUAAAAUUAAAUUGGAAAUCAAUAAUAACGAGCAAGUGAUGUACUAUUUCGAGUCGACAGUAAGUAGGUCUGAUAAUGUUUAUUGUAAUAAGAAGAUAAUUAUGAUACGAAACAGCACAAGAGGCCAAAACCACGAGCAGAGAAGUUCUGUUUCUUCUCCAAAAUUCAUGUGACCCUUGUCGAAUUCAUUCCUCCAUCUCCAUCUUCUUCGAUCUGUGUUCUUCAUUUGUCUGGCCAAAUCUCAAAAUCCCGAAAAUUCAACAAGAAUCAUCUUCAUCAUGAAAGAGGAUAACAAGAAGACGAUGACGAAGCAGAUAACGGCGAGGCGCGACGACACGCCGCUACACACGGCGGUCAGAGAAGGCAAAACAGAGAUUCUCUUAGAGAUGAUCGGCGAACACGACGACGACGGCGCAGAGCUGAAAGAGCUGCUAGCGGAGCAAAACCAGUCAGGUGAAACGGCUCUGUACGUUGCGGCCGAGUUCGGCCACACCGACAUGGUCAAGAUUCUGAUGAAACACUCCGACUCCGUCUUAGCCGCAACCAAAGCCAAAAACGGCUUCGACGCCUUCCACAUCGCCGCCAAAAACGGCAAUCUAAAGGUUCUUGAUGUGUUGAUGGAGGCAAACCCAGAGCUCUCGUUUACAUUCGAUUCAUCCAAAACGACAGCGCUUCACACGGCGGCUUCACAAGGCCACGGAGAGAUCGUUUGUUUCCUGUUGGACAAAGGUGUGGACUUAGCAGCUAUUGCGAGAAGCAACGGUAAAACCGCUUUGCACUCUGCCGCUAGAAACGGGCACACGGAGAUCGUGAAAGAGCUGAUUGGGAAGAAAGUGGGAAUGGUUACGAGAGUGGACAAGAAAGGUCAAACCGCGCUUCAUAUGGCGGUUAAAGGACAGAACGCUGAGAUUGUUGAUGCGUUGAUGAAAGCAGAUCCUUCGUUGAUCAAUGCUGCUGAUAAUAAAGGCAACACUCCUCUGCAUAUCGCUGUCCGUAAAAACAGAGCAGAGAUUGUUCAGACGGUUUUACAGUACGAUGAAGUGAGUAGAGUGGCGGUUAACAAAUCAGGAGAGACAGCUCUUGACAUCGCUGAGAAGACCAGCCUUCACGAGAUUGUAUCGCUUCUUCAGAAGAUCGGUAUGCAGAACGCAAGAUCCAUCAAACCAGCUGCAAGUGUUGAACCAUCAGGCUCCUCUAAGAAACUGAAAGAAACGGUCAGCGAGAUAGGCCAUGAGGUGCAUACUCAGCUCGAACAAACCGUGAGAACUAGAAGAGAAAUCCAAGGAAUCGGCAAACGCGUCAACAAGAUGCACACGGAAGGACUCAACAACGCCAUCAACUCCACAACCGUCGUAGCCAUUCUCAUAGCAACCGUUGCCUUUGGAGCUAUCUUCAACGUUCCAGGCCAAUACACGGACGAUUCGAAAAACGUUCCUUCGGGGUUUACACUAGGAGAGGCGAGAGCAGCUUCUAGGCCCGAGUUCUUGAUCUUUGUAGUGUUUGAUUCUUUCGCGCUCUUCAUUUCUUUAGCUGUUGUUGUGGUUCAGACAUCGGUUGUGGUUAUAGAGAGGAAAGCUAAGAAGCAGAUGAUGGCGAUUAUCAACAAGCUAAUGUGGAUGGCUUGCAUAAUGAUCUCGGUGGCGUUCUUAUCGCUGUCUUUCGUUGUUGUGGGUGAUAAGGAGAGGCCAUUGGCGAUUGGUAUAACCGCCAUUGGAGCUUUGAUCAUGGUUUCAACGCUUGGGACUAUGUGUUAUUGGGUGGUUGCUAAUAGGAUUGAAGGGUCUAAGUCGUCUCCAGCUUCAAUGAUGUCAGAUGCUGAUUUAGUUGAUCACAAGCAUAACCGGAAGCUUUAUGCGGUUUGAUUGGAAUGAAAAAGAGAGCAGUUAUAAAAACAUUCAAGAACAGAGAGAUUUUUGUAUCCAGAAAUAAAAGGAGAUCUCUUUGUUUGUGAAGAUUCUGUAUAUGUAAUGUAAGAAAUGAAAAAUAGUAUAUACCAUUGUAUAAGCGUUUACAUGAACAUUACGUUGCAAGUAACAUAAGAAAUGUAAUGGAUUACUUAUC